AUGCCACCUCCCAGUGUUGCCACCGUAAAGUCCUCCCACAUGAGUGACAAAAUCCGCAACGCUCCCACUCUCGGGCCUGGCGAUAGCUUGAGCCAGAUGAGCCGGAAGAGCUCUCAGGUUGAUGCUAGUCACAUUUCGAAGGCAUCCAAGUCUCACAUCUCUGGCAUGAGCGGCUACUCUCGACAUGGGGCACCGAGCCACCUCUCGGCGGUACCUGAGAUGUCCACCGCCAGCGCUUCGAGCAACAUGAGCAACGGCUCAAAGAUGCCUAGCCACCUUUCUUGGGCACCUAUGUCCCACGUCUCGGGUGGAUCAACUCCCCAGAGCUCUUCAAGGCACAGCAGACACGCUCCCGUACUCGACAGCCCCCCUCCAUCAUCAAAGGGUUCGAAUGCACCUUGGUUCUCGGACGAGAAUGCCCGCAGCGCUUAUCAAGCGAUGACCCAUAGCCAGGGGAGCUCAGCCUCCAAUGCCUCGCGGGGCCAGGGCAGUAUGCAUGCCCCCAGCCGCCACACGGGAGCGCCCUCAUACGUGAUGUCGGGCGCGGCUGGCCCCUCCGGGAGCCACCGCACCUCCGCACCACUGUCUAUGGUCUCCAACAUGAGCGGACAGAGCAACAGUUCUUCUGGCAGCCGCCAGCCAGAGUUUCCAAUGUCGGGUGCCUCCGGCGCGAGUGGCCGAUCCCAUAUUUCUUCGUCUAGUCGCCAGUCUGCAUCACCAGGCUCCCAGGCUAUGAGUAUGACCCAGCACGGAGGUAGGACCAGUCACCGUUCCGUGGUACCAUCGCCAUUGGGCCAGGCCCCUGUUCAUCAGGGUAUGAGGGGUAAGGUUUCCACACCGGCGCCACGACCUGGGGAGACAGUGGAAGUCAACAUCAACAUUCGCACUACUAGGAGAUAG